UUGCGUCAAGUUCCGCAGUUGAGUGAAAGAUGUCUGCUCAGCGGUAGCGUUAGUCGUUCGGCUUUUUUUUUUUUAAGUUUGUUUUCAUUUUAGUUUUGCAUCGAUCGAUGGGUUUUAAAUCGAGAAGAGGAACUGUUUUGAAUGUUUGCCAUGCAACUGCGGCCUCAAUAUAACAGGAGAGAUUCUAGUGAGCCCAGAUCCGGAUUGCAGAAACUAAACAAGCCAACGACUGUAAUGCAGACUGACUCAAACACACUGACUACUCAGGCAGGCAAUGGUUUAGCUCUAACUCUCCAGCCUGAGUCAUUAACCAGUACUCCAGGAGCAGGGGACUCGGGUACCUCCCCAGGCGGAGAAGUGCACAUCACGAUCGGCACGACGCCAGCAGGAGAGCGUGGUGGAAGACCUGCAUCCAGACGGCCACGCUCCCACGCACACAGCCACGCUCGUCCACACUCCCACAGUGAACCUGACAGCAGCGGCGCAGGAGACUUGGAUGCAGGAGAGCCCAGCAGUUCCAUUUCCGAGCUGCGCUACCUUUUAAGAUGGCUUCAGAAAAGUGUUCCAUUUAUUGUGAUUCUUUGUGCUAAACUUGUUAUGCAGCAUGCAUUAGGUAUUGCUAUUGGUGUGGGGCUACUUACAACUUUUCUUUAUGCAAAUAAAACGAUUCAAAACCAGGUUUUCCUGCGGGAGCGACGUUCAGUCAUACAGUGUGCUUGGCUUGUGCUGUUCCUGACAUCAUCCUCACUUGGGCUGUAUUACACUUUCCAGGCCGAGUCACUGUAUUGCAGCUUAAUCUUUGUGAACCCCAGUGUCGAAUCUUUGGGACUGUGGGAUGUCCUAUGGAUUGUGGGAAUCACAAACUUCAUAUUGAAGUUUCUCUUCAUGGGAGUGAAGUGCCUUAUCAUAAUAAUGCCUUCUGCCCUCGUGGCUUAUAGAUCAAGGGGGCGGUGGUAUAUGCUAACUGAGGAGAUCAAUCAGGCUUACCAGUCAGUGGCCCCUUUCCCUGUGUGGUUCCGCUACCUGAUUACCUAUCAAGAGCUGGACAGCUACACUGGAUUGACGCUGGGAAUACUGCUGGCUUUGGUCUACCUCAUACUUAAGCUUCUGGGACUGUAUGGACAGUGGGGUCCUUUUCAGAAAACGAUGAGGAUAUUUCGCAACAAAGAGCAUAAUGGGGUGUUGGCCACUAAGAACCAGUGUGCUGAAGCCGGAGACGACUGUCCAAUCUGCCAAGCUGAAUUCAGAGAACCCUGUCUCCUUGCAUGCCAGCACAUGUUCUGUGAUGAGUGCAUCUCGCUGUGGUUAAAUCAGGAGAAGACGUGUCCACUCUGUAGAACUGUGAUUGCAGACAGUGUUCACAAAUGGAAGGAUGGUGCAACUUCUAUGCAUUUACAAAUUUACUAAAGAAAUGUACUGUAUAUGUUUAAGAGACUGAUACAAAUGCAGGUUUAGUAUCUGAACAUAUCAAAUUAGUAUGGGGCUUGUACUUAUAAGCAAUACAGAAAUAAUAUAUGUAUUUUUAUUAUAACAAUUGCUCCUAAAUGUAAAUAUUUAAUUACAAAAAAGAAAUUUCAAUACAGAUUUGAUACUGGAAACAGAUUUCAGAUAUAGUUCUGUGGCUUAUAUAUACUGUAACCGCAAAUUGAUUUUUUUUGUUUGGUGCAUUUCUUUACUAGCGAGUGAUGAUCCUAGAUUUCUCCAAGUCUUUCAGUGUCAGUUCUUGACUAGUAAUCCAGCUGUCUGGUGGGCAAAAAUGGGUCCAUAAUUGUUUUUGAGUAUCAAGUUCUAUUUUUCACUGUAUUCAGGUUGAAUCAGGCUUUACACACUCAGUGAAUUGGGUCCUAUUUAUCAUACUCUGACAAUAAAACAUAACUUUUAAAUGCCAAACAGCAGCUUGGGAUGUUUUCUUUUUGUUUUUACAUUUUAAAGUGUGUUGCCUAGUUAGGAUGAUUUGUAAAGCUUGUUCUUUUCAACAUUAUUUCUACACACAGUUUGAUUUGUCUAUAUUUUGCAAGGAAUCGCUCACAUAAUUACUUUUGUUUUAAAACAGGCUAUGAUGUAGUUAAGCUAACCACACUCCUUUUUAAAUAAUUAUAUUUAUAAAAUAUUGUUUAGGAAUACCACGUUUAAGUAUUUUGGUGGUCAGUUUACUGAUUGCAGUGGUACACAAUUUAAACCAAAGAAAAUGAGAUCCCCUCCUUUUACUGGUUUUCUUUUUCCCCCAGAAUUUCUUUAAAAGACUGUAUACAUAUUGUAUAUUUAUUAUGUUGUGUUUUGAAUUUGUUUUUUUUCUAACCUUAUGAUCUCGUGUUCAACAUUUAUCAAAUAAAACUAUCCAGUUCUUUG